AUGACUAUUACGAUCAGCGACAAGGCCACCGCCAAACUUGCUACCACCAAGAGAAGCAUGUAUUCUCUCAAGGCGUACUUUGACAAAGUCGAAAACUCUACUAUUGACACCAUCGAGUGUCUUAUUGCUGAUCAUUGGACUUCCCCUCACCCGACAGCACUCGCCAAGCUUGGGCCAGCCAUCGAGAACAUCCAGUCGAUGUUGGAUACUAUCUUGAAAUGUGAUAAUUACGAUGCCAAUUAUGAUGAACAUGGUGAUACCAGAGAGGAUGGGUUGUUGAGGGCUAUCGUCGACGCCGGUCACAUUUACUUUGCUGGAUGCUCGGGAGGUUUUCCAAUCGAAUGUUUGGACCCUGCAGACCACUUGGAAGGAUGGAAGGAUCUCAUCAGGUCGACUCAAUCCCUCAUUCUGGGAGCCGAAAAAUUCCUCUCUCACGGAGAGAACUCUUACCACGAGGUCGCCCUCAAUAACCUUUUUGAGGCUAUCGAAUCUGCCUUUGAGAAAAUCCGAGGAAUGCUACAGGCAUGGAUCAACGAGGAGAGCGAUGAUGCCCAUGAUAACAGAAUGGCUGCCAGCAAGAAGAUCGACUAUGAUUACUUGGUAGCCGAUGCUAAAAAAAGGGCUGGUUGUAAAAAUACCGUCUUUGAUGACUGGGUGGCCGCUGGACUGACGGAACCUAAUGAUGGCGAAGCUGACACGAACUCCAAUGACAGAAAGGCCACUGUUGGUUCCUCUUCUUCUUCUUCUUCUUCUCCAACCAAGAAGCGUGGUGCCGAGAAAGCUACUAUCGACGGACAAGGACCGUCCAAGCGCAUCUCACCCAACAAGUAG